GAUCGAACGCCACCAAAUUGGAUCUACCGGACGAGAAUAAUAAAUCGGUCGCCUCUUCUAGGGUUCAUCUGCGCCCCUCCCCAAGCAGUUCAGGAGCCGUCCAAAAGUCCGCGCCCGAAGCCAUCCAGUCAAAAAGGAGGAAUCGCCGGGUCAAUUGCCAGUUCUUGAUUUUGUUCUCCAUGGCCGAUGAGGAGCUCGUUGAUCCGAAGAAGUAUCUUGAGGAACGUUGCCAGCCUAGAUGUGUAAAAGCCUUAUAUGAAUAUCGGGAGUGUGUCAAGAGAAUCCAAGAUGAUGAAACCGGGCACAAGCACUGUACCGGUCAAUACUUUGACUAUUGGAAAUGCGUUGAUCAAUGUGCUGCGGAGAAGCUUUUUGAUAAACUGAAAUGAUAUAAAAGGGAUGUUACUUCUGGUGGACAAUGUAAUUUGUGCUUCUUAUUUAUUCAUCAACCCCUAAUAAAUCUCUCUUGGCCACUGCAUGCCUGAACCAUGCAUGUUUGUAUGGUUUUUUCUUGCUCAAAAUUUUUUUCCUCAAGAGGUUAUUUGUCAGUCAAUUGUUACGCUGGCAUCUAUAUUAAACUGCUUGGAUGUCAAUUUUUACUGUCAUUGGCGGUCA